CGCAACAGGUCACUCUCAGUGACAAACUCAGAACUGUCCCUUACAUAGUCUGUUCUUCAUCCGUCUCUGCAAGGUUAAGGAAUUUAAAGCGCACGACUGUGUCGUAUUAUGGUGAUGAGGAGUUAAGGAAUUUCUGAAUUUUGGUUUCAUGUCGGGACGGUCCAGCGUUACUGUCGGGCGAUGGCAAAGACAUCUCAUGUGCUUUCUCUCGUCGACAUCCUCUUUACCAUCAACUUGGUUAUAGCGAUAGAGCUAAGGUUUGUGCCUGAUCCUCCAACCUUAAAUAUCACUGAGAAGACUCUCAAAAUCAAUGCUUCAGAUACACUGGAAAUCACAUGCAGGGGACGUCAGAUCCUGGAGUGGUCUACACCUCACAACCGAACCUGCUCUGAAACCUGGCUCACCACAACAGACUGUAGUGGCAAUGGACUGUUCUGUAGCACUUUAACGCUCUCAAAAGCAGUAGCCAAUGAGACUGGAGAAUAUCGCUGCUUCUAUAAAAACCUGCCUAUAGAGGAUGGAAAGACUUCUAUAUCUGUCUAUGUCUUCAUACAAGAUUACCGUACGCCAUUUGUCCGAAUGGCUCAAGAUUAUGAUGUGGUGUUCAUUCGUGAGGGAGAACAGGUGGUCAUUCCCUGUCUGGUAUCUGUGGAGAACCUAGACGUCACACUGUACACAAAGUAUCCAGUAAAAGAACUGGCCACUGAUGGGAAAGAGGUUAUCUGGGAUAGCAAGAGGGGCUUCAUCCUGCCUAGUCAUGUGGUCAGCUAUGCUGGUGUGGUCUACUGCCAAACCACUAUACGAAAUGAGACCUAUCAGUCAUCACCCUACAUUGUGGCUGUCGUAGGAUACAAGAUCUAUGACCUCACCCUGAGUCCACCUCAUGAGAGGCUAACGGUAGGGGAGAGGCUAAUGCUAAACUGCACCGCUCACACCGAACUCAAUGUGGGAAUCGACUUUCAGUGGACCUUCCCUCAUGAGAAGAGAGGCGUCAACAGCUCAAUACCAAGGACACGCUAUGAGACCAGGUCCUACAAGAAGAAGCUGUGGAACUCCUUAGAACUGUCCAAUACUCUCAUUGUAGAGAAUGUAACUGUAAAUGACACAGGAGAGUACAUUUGCACAGCCUCUAGUGGUCAGAUGCAGAAGAUUGGCCGAGCAGCCCUCAUUGUCUAUGAGAAACCAUUUAUAGCGCUCAAUGAUCAGAUGUUGCAGACUGUGGAGGCAACUGCUGGCCAGGAAGAGGCAAAAAUCCUGGUUAAAUAUUAUGCUUAUCCAGAGCCCUCUGUCAAGUGGUAUAAGAAUGAUCAGCUGAUAGUGUGGAAGGAUGAGUACAGAAUGAAGCCCAACAGAGGAUCUCUUACUAUAUAUGGGGUUACAGAGAAGGAUGCUGGGAAUUACACUGUUGUCAUGACAAAUAAGAUUACCAAGGAGGAGCAGAGAAGAACAUUUCAACUGUUGGUUAAUGUUCACCCUAAGAUCUUUGAGAAGGAAGUGCCGUUGGAUCGAGAUGUUCACAUGUACGGCAGUAGCCCUACACUCAGAUGCACAGCUAGCGGAGGAUCCAGCCCUGUCACAAUACAAUGGCAGUGGAUGCCCAGAGAGGACUGCCCAGUCAGAUUUCUACCUAAGUCAGACCAAAGUGUGAUUAAGUGUGACAAGUGGAGGGAGAUAUCAAACAACACUGGGAAAAACCCCAUCAUCAACCCCACAUAUGUCAUUGAACGCUCUCUUAAGACCAUCAGCACACUGAAGAUCCAGAAAGCAGUUGAUCAUGCUCUCUACAGGUGCAUUGCUUCCAAUAAGAUGGGAAUAGAAGAGCGGGUCAUUGUGUUUCAAGUAGCUCGUUUCCUCAACCUAAGCGUCCUCCCCUCCAGCAAUCCUACUGAGGGAGAGGAUGUGGUAAUGCGCUGUGUAGCCGAUCGACUGCUGUACUCUAACUUGCGUUGGUAUCGGGUAACAAACAUUGCCAACCCUGAUGCCUCUCCAGCAGCCGUGCCCUGUGAUACCCUUACCCUUUCACCUCUCCACCAGACCAAUGUCACCAUAUCAGGCCUGCAGGGCACCAAUGCAAUGCUGGACCUGCCCAUACCCAAUGCCACAUUGAUGGACCAAGGCCUGUAUGCUUGCCAAGUGGAGAAUGUGGGCACCAGUGAGAGAACCUGCUUACUUCACAACCUCAGACUCAGAGCUCUUGAGAUGUCGAGAAUUGUGACCAAUCUGACUGACCAGAGAGUGAAUGUGAGCGACUCUACUACUCUAGUGUGUGAAGUGUCCGGCACACCAACCCCUACUGUAGUUUGGACUAAAGACAACCAGACCGUCAUGGAGGGAUCAGGUGUGAUUCUGAAACGGUCAAAUCGUGUCUUAACCAUCCAACGGGUGAAAAAAGAGGACAGUGGUCUUUACAUAUGUACGGCGUGUAACCAGCAAGGCUGUGACUCUCACGAGGCUCGUAUCACUGUAGAUGGUGCAGAAGAAAAGAUGAAUGUGGAAUUGAUCAUGCCUAUUGGUGCCGUGGUCAUCGCCAUGAUCCUCUGGCUCCUCAUCGUCUUCGUCAUCCGUAAUAGGAAGCGGCCUAAUGAAGGAGAUCUGAAAACUGGCUACCUGUCAAUCAUUCUGGACUCAGAUGAUAUGCCAAUGGAUGAGCACUGUGAGAGACUGACCUAUGAUGCAAACAAGUGGGAAUUCCCACGUGACAGACUGAAGCUAGGAGAGCCGCUGGGCAGAGGGGCAUUUGGUCAAGUUGUGGAGGCGUCCGCAUAUGGUAUUGAGAAGGCCACCACCUGUACUACAGUAGCAGUGAAGAUGCUCAAGGAGGGCGCUACCACCAGUGAGUACCGCGCUCUGAUGUCUGAGCUGAAGAUCCUCAUCCAUAUUGGUCACCAUCUCAAUGUGGUCAACCUUCUAGGAGCCUGCACCAAACCAGGAGGACCCUUGAUGGUGAUUGUUGAGUACUGUAAACAUGGUAACCUCUCCAGCUAUUUAAAAAGCAAGCGAGGAGAGUACAGUCCCUACAAGAAGCGAAUGCCACUGAUGCCGUGCAGGAGGGAGGUGCAGCAGGAAGAGGAUUUGCAUGAGGGGGAUCUGGGUCUGGGAACCAGCACUCGGCUGGACGUCUGCACUGGUACUGCCAUGUGCACCAGGAUGGGAGAACAGACCUCCACGACCCAGCUGCAGGAUGAACAAGGUACUUGUAUCCACCGGGACUUGGCAGCCAGAAACAUCCUACUCUCUGAAAACAACGUGGUGAAGAUAUGUGACUUUGGGCUGGCCAGAGACGUUUAUAAAGACCCUGAUUACGUCCGCAAAGGAGAUGCUCGUCUUCCUCUCAAGUGGAUGGCUCCUGAGACCAUCUUUGACCGCGUGUACACCACACAGAGUGAUGUUUGGUCAUUUGGUGUGCUGCUCUGGGAGAUCUUCUCACUUGGUGCGUCUCCAUACCCAGGUGUGUGCAUUGAUGAGUCUUUCUGCAGGCGACUAAAGGAGGGAACCAGAAUGAGAGCUCCAGACUAUGCCACACCUGAGAUAUACCAGACCAUGCUGGACUGCUGGCUUGAUCGACCUAAAGACAGGCCAACCUUUACUCAAUUAGUCGAGCAUCUAGGCAAUCUGCUACAAGCUAGCGCUCAACAGGAUGGAAAGGACUACAUCCCUCUGACAAAUGGAGAGAUGGAAGAUGAAUCAGGGGCUCCUCACCUCAGUGUGACGUCGAAAAUAGCUUUCAAUGCAGGCAACAAAGAGGCCCAGCUCCACUAUGACAAUGCUCCACCUCUGGGGUUCCCACAGCAGAUCGACAAUUGCGGUUUGCCAAUAAGUAUGACGACUUUUGUGGACAUUCCCCUGGAGCACACUGCUGUAAUGAAUGGUCACAUGGACUGUGGCGUGGGCUUGUCACGUGAGCAAAUGAAAGCUUUGGAUCGGCAAGCGCAAAGACCACUUCAUUUCAGCCCACUACUGCGAUGCAAGAGUAAGGAGUCUUUAGCAUCUGAAUCCUCCAAUCAGACCAGCGGCUAUCAGUCCGGCUACCACUCUGAUGAUGCAGAAGCCCCCAUAUACGCCAACGAGGAGAUGAUCCUGAAGAGAGACAUUCGGAUGAAACCUCCACUGCCCAAGAGAAAUGACAAGUUCAGUGCAGAGGUCCGUUAUAGUGCGCCUCCAGUUUAACAUCUGUAGCGCUUCAAACAGUCUUCCUCUUUAUGUUAUUCAGAACUUUAAUGUAGUAGUUCAGCCAAAAAUGAACAUUUCAGUUUCAUCAUUUAAGGCCCGUUCACACCAAGGACGAUAA